UAGGUGUUGGUGCAGUUUUAUACAUCGCACGAUUUCGAUGACUUCUCGAAAGGGAGUAGUUGUGCAUUCAACAAGACAAUCGGUAAUCCAGUAUUACUCCAGUCACUGGCCUAAUGAGUUGUUUAUCGCUUUGCAAUUGCUCAAUUCCAUUCGAUAAUGGGCCAUUUUUCUGCAUCAGUUCCAGUACGUUCAUUCAGUGCCUUUGUGUAUAUUUUUAUAUACGGGCUUAGUGUCAAAGUCCUCACCGAAGCUGAUUAGCCCGUUUUCGGUAGGUACCAUGAAAUAUGUGCCAAACGAUAGACCUCAAUGACACUUGUCUAUUGCGAAGCGUCAUCGCUCGAUUGGAAUGAGGAAAAAGCCGAAGAUAUAGCAAGAGAAAUCUGAAGUAGUAGGCAGUAGUCAAGUAGCAUGCAGCCAUCGACACCUGUUUGCUAGCGGUGUGAACACCUGAAUAGAUCUGGAGGGUCUAUAAUCACCAUUUGUUGCUUUUCACCAAGCGCGCGUCUCAAUCUUAUCAGACAUAUUUUGCUUGAUACUUCGGUAUCUCGUGACGAAUCGAUUAAAUUGGUCAAUUCGAGCGAAAUCAAACAGAUGGUCCGUUCGUUGUUUGAUACGGGAUGAGAACAGCAGUAGGAACCUAUACUCCUACUGUGACCGGUACCAACGCGUCCAGUAUACUCCGGAGCACUGUCGGGACCGGUGCCACGUUACAGAGCCCAACCAAACGCCAACAAUAGUCCUCGAUCAAUAGGUCCCUCACUUUAAACCUCUUCAAGCAGCAUUCGAGCAGUAUAGAUCUCGUCGGCAGGUGGUCCACUGUACGGUUGACGGCACCAGUGUGUGCCAAGUGUUUUUCGAGUGUACAUGAAGUGGAUGAGCUUAUUAGUGAAAUUAGUGUGUGAGGUGCAACAAUGGGUGUUUUAGGAAUGUACGGUUUUCGUGUGACGGUAGGACUGUUACUGCUGGUAGCGUUAGUGGUACCGUGCCUGGGACAGGAGGAGUAUCACUGCGUGAUGCAUGAUGUGUGUGCACAGGUUGGCAUACACGCCCAGAACUGUCCGGUAACGAUGGCACCAAAACCACUGACGGAACCGGUCGGGAUAGAGAUUAUGCACCGCCGAUGUGGAUGGAUGUUUCCAUCCGACGAUACACCGGUGUGCUGUGCGGUGAGUCAGGUGAUAGAGAUGGACAAGAACUUCCAGCAGGCGGAGGGACUGUUCAGCCGCUGCUCGACCUGUCUCACGAACAUGCUGUACAGUAUCUGCAGCUUAGCUUGUCAUCCGGAGCAGAGCCGGUUUCUGACCGCCUACACUGAACCGGCGGGUGCGUACGUUGACCGGGUCGACUACCGCAUCGAUCGGCAGUAUGUCCAGGAAACGUACGACUCUUGCAAGGGUAUCGUACUACCGUCCAGUGGCAAGUACGCGAUGGACGUCGGUUGCGGGUUCUGGGAAGCGGCCGGCUGUACGGCGGAACGUUGGUUCCAGUACAUGGGUGCGGCCGACAACGAGUUCGUACCGUUCGAGAUAAACUACCUGUACGAGGAGGACCCGGAGAAGCGCUUCAACCAACCGGUCAAACACUGUAACGAAGCGUACGAUGGGUCGUACGCUUGCUCCUGUGUUGACUGUGACGAAAGUUGUCCAACCAGUGAACCACCACAGCCGAAGGAUCCCGGCUUUAUGGUGGGUGACUUGAACGGUGUCACGUUUACCGUCGCGGUUGUGAUCGGUGGUAUUGGAUUGGUUUGCAUCACACUAUCACUGGUGUUCGGUGGUAAAGGGCACACGCGACGUUCGAUGCCAGAUUUGCCUGCCAUCUUUGGAGGAUUCCCGUCCGUCAACCGUGUCCUCGGGCGGCUAUUUACACGCUGGGGAACUUUUUGUGCCCGCAAUCCGGUGUUGAUAUUGGCCAUCUGCUCGUGGAUUAUCGGAGGUCUUGCAUUCGGUAUACAGUAUCUGAUAAUAACGACCGAUCCGGUGGAGCUGUGGGCGGCACCAGACAGUCGGUCGCGCCAGGAGAAGGAUUACUUCGAUUCACGCUUUUCACCCUUCUACCGCACAGAGCAGAUUUUUAUCAAACCGAAGCGUCAGGAUUUCUUUAUACAUCCAACAGCGGAAGGUAAUCAGACGUUUGGGCCUGCGUACGAUAGGGAGUUCUUGUUGGAGGUGUUCAAGCUGCAAGGCAUGAUUGAAAACCUUGGCCAGGAGGAGGGUCGUGGUUUGGAGAAAAUCUGCUACGCACCAAUGACGGCGGUCGGUGCACAAACGGUACUGUCGGAGUGUACCGUGCAGAGUGUGUUCGGUUACUUCAAGAAUAAUCUGGCAGAGUUCAAUCGUACCGGUACGGACCUAAACGGCUACACCGUGAACUACCUGGACAAGAUAAAUGGAUGCACACGCAACGCAUAUCUGCCGUCCUGUUUCGGCACGUACGGAGGCCCAAUCGAACCGGGUGUGGCUGUUGGUGGAUUCCCACCACCAGCACCCGGUGCGAAUCCAGACUUUCGUCUCGCCACCGGCGUUGUGCUAACGUUCCUGGUGGAGAACAAGGCGAACAAGGACGAUCUGGGACCGGCACUGGAAUGGGAGCAACGGUUCGUGGACUUUAUGCGUGACUUCGAGCAUCCGAUGAUGGAAGUCGCUUACUCGGCCGAACGUUCCAUCGAGGAUGGUAUAGACGAAAUGUCCGAGGCGGAGAUGUACACCGUCAUCAUCAGCUACGUGGUAAUGUUUGUGUACAUUACCUUCUCGCUGGGAAAGAUUCGGGGCUUUCGUGAGUUUCUGCACGGUUCGCGCAUUGUGCUGGCGAUCGGUGGCAUCGUAGUGGUACUCGCGUCCGUUGCCUGCAGUUUGGGCUUUUUCGGAUAUCUGGAGCUCGCUACCACAAUGCUCACGAUCGAGGUGAUCCCUUUCCUGGUGUUGGCAGUCGGUGUGGAUAACAUCUUCAUGCUGGUGCAUGCGUUCAAUCGGAUCGACCGUGAACGUACGCCGGAAACGGCAUGUGCCAUCGGCGAAGCCCUCGGCCAGAUAGGUCCCUCAAUACUGCUGACGUCUGCAAGCGAGUGUUGCUGUUUCGCUAUCGGGGCCCUUUCGCCGAUGCCAGCUGUCAACACGUUCGCUUGGUACGCGACAGUUGCCUUGCUGGUGGACUUUUUGCUACAGAUUUCAGCAUUCGUUGCGCUGAUGGCGUUGGACGAAAAGCGUGUCGAGCGGGGUCGGCUGGAUCUGUUGUGCUGUGUACGGGCGACAAAGAACCCGGACAAACCCGUCCAACCGGACGGUCCUGGAUGGUUGGAGCGUGUUGUUGAGCGAUUCUACGUACCGUUUUUGCUACAAUCCAAGGUGCGUCUGCUAGUGCUGGCUGUGUUUCUCGUGUGGGGUUCACUGUCCUUAAUGGUUGUGCCUAGUAUCGAACCCGGACUGGAUCAGGAGCUGUCCAUGGCGGAAGAUUCGCACGUGGUCAAAUAUUUCCGCUUCAUGGCUGAUCUAUUCUGGAUGGGUCCGCCAGUAUAUUUUGUGCUCAAACCGGGGCUAAACUACACCAACGUGCAGCAUCAGAAUUUGGUGUGUGGCGGUAUCCUGUGCAAUGAUGAUUCCAUCCAGACGAAACUCUACCAAGCCUCACUAUAUCCGGAAACUACGCACAUUGCAAGACCUUCCUCCUCUUGGCUGGAUGACUACAUUGACUGGCUAGCGAUUCAGUCCUGCUGCCGAUAUAAUCCCUCCGAUGGUUCGUUUUGUGCUAGUAAUUUGGGAUUCUUGUGUCCUUCGUGUCCAGAAGAGUACGACGAAACCGGUAUCCGCCCGACGGUAGCACAGUUUGAGCGCUAUCUGGAAUUUUUCCUUUCCGAUCUGCCGGACGAAAAUUGUGCCAAAGCAGGUCGGGCAGCGUACUCACGCGCACUCAACUAUGUGCUGGAUGAGAACGGUCGACUAAAUGUAAAGGAUUCCUACUUCAUGAGUUACCAUACGACGGCAGUUACAUCGCGUCAGUUCUACACGGCACUCGAGCAGGCCCGUCUCAUCGCAGACGACAUCCAGCAGAUGUUGGACGAGCGUAAUGCCGAUGUGGAGAUCUUCCCGUACAGUGUGUUUUACGUGUUCUACGAACAGUACCUUACGAUCUGGUCCGAUGCAAUGCAAUCGCUCGGGCUAUCACUAGCGGCAGUCUUUGUGGUAACGUUCCUAGUGACCGGACUAGACAUACUGUCGGCACUGGUUGUGAUUCUGAUGGUGUUCCUGAUCGUACUCAACAUGAUGGGUCUGAUGUGGUUGUGGAACAUAACACUUAAUGCCAUCUCGCUGGUGAACCUUGUCAUGAGUGUCGGUAUUGGUGUGGAGUUCAUUUCACAUAUAGUGCGCACGUAUCGACUUGCGCAUGGAACCCGAAUGGAGCGAUCGGCCGAAGCGAUGGUCCGCACGGGUAGCUCGGUAUUCUCCGGCAUCACACUUACCAAGUUUGCCGGCAUCAUCGUACUCGCCUUCGCCAAAUCACAGAUCUUCCAGAUCUUCUACUUCCGCAUGUAUCUGUGCAUCGUGUUGGUUGGAGCGGCACACGGCUUAAUACUACUGCCGGUGUUCCUCAGCUACGUAGGACCACUAGCGCCACCACCACCACCGUUCACUGAGACUACUGCCGAUAGUGCGAAUGUGAAGAAGAACGAAAAAGUUGAUCUACCCGACGAGGCACCAUUCACGACUCCACCAAGUACUGUGGUGAGAUCGACGGAUGAAACGACUACGGUAGCCAACGGUAACCCAGAACAAAAUGGAAUCGAAUCACUCUAGACUUUUAUUUGUGUGUAUGUAUGCUCGCGCUCUCGUGUGUGUGUGUGUGUGUUUCCGUUAAUUAUUAAUUUAUUUACUACUUACACAAUUGCACAAUUUACACUCACAGUUUGGGAAACUAAUAAAGCAAAAAAGGGAUUUUUAACCCAUACUAACCCACUAA